AAUGAUGUGAAAUUGGCUGAUAUCCAGCGGUAGAAUGUUUGGGAAUUACUGGAUUCAGGAGUUGGGAAUGCGUGAAUAAUUUCAAACACAGACUAAACUUAAAAGUGAUUAAAAACACAUGAUUGAAAUGAAUGAAGUGCAAAACAGCCAACUUGAACAGAGAUGAGAAACCGGCGUCGAGUCUCUUGAUGUAUCCUCCAUCGAGUUCUCCGAGAUUUCCGGAGAUAACAAUGUCACAUUGUGGCUCGGAGAUCUACUACAAAUCCUUAAUUACAAAAAAAGCGGAUCAGAUGACUGGGACAGCCAAUGGUGGGCUCUCCGGGCAGCAUGUGGGGGGGCUUUGAUCGGGGAAAAUCCAAUUAUUUGUCUAUAUACAUUUCCCACAUAGUGAUUACUUCAUUAAUUGUCCCGCCUUUAUCUCCUCCCUCCCCCGCCUCCCCUUCCUAAUAAUCAGCUCCUUUAUCCCACAGCACAAACACGCCAUAGAAGCUUUGUGGAUUCAAAGGAUUUGCUUGCGUCUCUCAAAGAGCCGCCAUUCUUUGAUGAUUGGACAGCGGCAAACUUCAAAGUCUGCCAUCUUGUUUGUGAGUGGCUGGCGGCCCACCAAAGUGCUUAUCACAUCCUCUCAAGUGAUCCGCUGCCGCCGCCGCGUCAGAUAGUGCGAGGAGAUCCGCGAGAGAGGAAGGCGUCGCGUCAGAGGCUCGCUCCCAGCCGACUUUUUUUUUUUUUUUUUUUUUUUUUUUGCGCCUCUUUCACCACCGAUGCGAACACUUUUUUGAAUUACAAGCCACUUUUUUUGGGCGCGCGCGCGGCUGUAUUGCGCGUUUGUUGUCCAGGCGGAGGAGGACCAUGGCAGCUGUGGCUGUACUGCGGAACGAGACACUUCAAGCUUUUCUGCAGGACCGCACUCCCAACUCUUCCCCGGAGAACUGCAAGCACUCCCCGCUGGCUCUCCUGGCCGCCACCUGUAACCGCAUCGGGCACCACCACCACCAUCACCACCACCACCACCACCCGUCCGACUUGUUCCAGGUCCCUUACGACCCCGCCACGCUGGGCUCCCCGUCGCGCUUGUUCCACCCGUGGACUAACGAGGCCUGCAGCCCUCCGAGCAACUCCACUUUCGGAUUAGCCUCCAAGCCCCCGCAGCAGCCGCUCGGCUCGUUCGGCCCCCCGCACGAGCUGCCCCUCACCCCGCCCGCGGACCCCGGCUACCCGUAUGACUUCUCCCCGGUGAAGAUGCUGCCGUGCUCCAUGCAGUCCGCCUGCCCGCCCACCUACGUGCCGGCCGUCAGCUACGCGGCGCCCGCCCCCAUGCCCACCUUCGUCACGGGCCACGCGGCCCAGAGACAGCUGACGCCCCCCAACCCGGCCGAGGACGUCCCGUGGUGGAGCCUGCAGCAGGGCAACCGCUUCCAGCUGCAGCGGGGUCUGGUGCUUCACGGCCCCGCGGCGGACUUCGCCCAGUACCAGACGCAAAUCGCGGCCCUUUUGCACACCAAGUCGCCCCUGAGCACCGCGCGCCGCUGCCGGAGGUGCCGCUGCCCCAACUGCCAGUCGGCGUCCACCUCCGGGGGCGCAGACGAGCCGGGCAAGAAGAAGCAGCACGUCUGCCACAUCCCGGGCUGCGGCAAAGUCUACGGCAAGACGUCGCACCUGAAGGCGCACCUGCGGUGGCACUCGGGCGAGAGGCCCUUCGUGUGCAACUGGCUCUUCUGCGGCAAGAGCUUCACGCGCUCCGACGAGCUGCAGAGGCACUUGAGGACUCACACCGGCGAGAAGCGCUUCGUGUGCCCGGACUGCUGCAAGCGCUUCAUGCGCAGCGACCACUUGGCCAAGCACGUCAAGACGCACCAGAACAAGAGGAGCAAGUGCGCGCCGGACGUCAAGAGGGAGGACUCGAGGAAUCAUUUUCUGUGACGAGGCCUCAUGUUCAAAACACCACAAAGAAAAGUCUUUCGUGCAAUAGCACUUUUGGGGGGGGGGGGGGGGGGUGUUGGGUGAGCUCUUUUUCUCCUUUAGUGCAACAUUUCUGGCUGUGUUGUGUGUUUAUAACCGUGCACAUGGGACCGCAGAAAGCUUGGAAAUCACUGAGACUUGUGCUGAUCUUCGCUGGGAAGCUUUGGAUUCGAUUGUAAAUACUAUUUAAUAGCUUUGGUUGAAUGAAAGUGUAAAGUUUUUUGUUUUUGUUUUUGCAUCAUAGGGAGGUGUUUUUGAGCAUGCUCUUGAGAACAUUUGCUAUUGUUAUGACCUUAAUGUGAGAAUAAAGAAUAUAACUUCUU